CAUUCCAUAACCAUUCUUGUUUCUAUACCAUAAUAACAUCAACAACGUUGCUCACAAACUUUUUAUGUUCACGGAAAACGACACAAUAUGGAGGCACCCAUGUUAUCCCUUCAAAGGACUUCCUCCAUUGAAAGGGAGCCCAGGACUCUUACUAUCAGCCAAAUUCAAUCCGCUAGGGAGUUAGCAAUAUAUAUAUUGAACACCAGGACUUUAGAAGAAUCUUCCAGAAUUUUCACCGAGGGAUUGCAGCCAGUGGUUAGUGCUGCUUGCUGCACAACAAUGGAGAUGGAUUUGGAUGAAGAAGAGGAACUGUUGAACUCCAAAGAUGCAACAACACAAGCAGCACCAGCAGCAGCAUUCAGGGACAUAGCAUCUGCACCUUUCUAGAACAAUAUUAAACAAGUCAAUUAACAUGAUGAGUUCCUAAUCGAUGAUGUUGCGUUUUUGUGCAAUAAUUGUAGAAUAUACUUAGUUAUAGCUUGUAUAUAUCUGCCACACAGGUUGAAAUUUUGGGUUCCAAAUAAUUUCAUUUGAUUCGUAAUCCCUUUCUUUUUUGGAUGCUUUUCCAAUAGUGUUCGGUUGGUUUAAGUGCCUCAUUAUACAUGUUUUGAUAAUGACAAAGCAUUGGAACUCAA